UUUCCGGAGCGGAGUCGGCCGGCGGUUGUUUCUCGGGCUUGGUCGCGGAGGAGUCACGGCCGUGAAGAUGAACGCGGAUCUGCGGAAGGAGCGAGAGGCGGCUUCUUUCAAGACGGAGCUGCUAACCAACUUCUUGGACGGGGGUGCAGAGCAGACCCUGCGCCGCAAGAAAAUCGAAGCUAUUGUUGCAAAGGAAAGCUUCAACCAUGAAGAUGUAAAUUUCCUCUCUCGCAGCCAGCGCUAUGAAGUAGCUAUCAAAAAGAGUGCUUUUAUGGUGAUGAAAUUGAGAGAAUUAGGAAUUGCAGACCCUGAGGAGAUCUACUGGUUUAAAAGUUGCCUUCAUCAAGGACGGCCUGAGCCUUUGGACCUCCACCUGGGCAUGUUCCUGCCCACAUUACUAACCCAGGCAACCAAAGAACAGCAGGAUCGCUUCUUCAUGCCUGCUUGGAACUUGGAGAUCAUUGGCACAUAUGCCCAGACAGAGAUGGGACAUGGAACCCAUCUCCGAGGACUGGAAACCACAGCCACCUAUGAUCCUGCUACCCAGGAAUUCAUCCUUAACAGUCCAACUGUGACUUCUAUUAAGUGGUGGCCAGGUGGAUUGGGCAAGACAUCAAACUAUGCCAUUGUUUUGGCUCAGCUUUAUACGCAAAACAAAUGUCAUGGGUUACAUGCUUUCAUUGUGCCUCUACGUCAGUUGGGAACCCAUGAACCACUACCAGGUAUCACCGUUGGUGACAUUGGCCCAAAAUUUGGUUAUGAUGAAAUGGAUAAUGGCUACUUAAAAAUGGACAACUUCCGUAUCCCCCGGGAAAAUAUGCUAAUGAAAUAUGCCAAGGUUGAACCCGAUGGCACAUAUGUGAAGCCUCUCAAUGCCAAGCUGACAUAUGGGACCAUGGUAUUCAUCCGUUCAAUUAUCGUUGGAGACGCCGCUCACAGUUUAGCCAGAGCUUGUACAAUUGCCAUCCGCUAUAGUGCUGUGAGACAUCAGUCUGAGUUAAAGCCUGGGGAACCAGAACCUCAGAUUUUGGAUUAUCAGACCCAGCAGUACAAACUCUUUCCUCUCAUAGCAACAGCAUAUGCUUUCCACUUUGUGGGUUCAUAUAUGAGAGAUACAUAUCAUCGCAUCACUGGGAACAUCCAGGAUGGAGACUUGAGUGAACUGCCAGAGUUGCAUGCACUGUCUGCAGGGCUCAAGGCGUUCAGUUCCUGGACUGCCAGCGCUGGCAUUGAGGAAUGUCGGAUGGCAUGUGGGGGACAUGGCUACUCCCGCUGCAGUGGUUUGCCUGAUAUUUAUGUCAACUUCACUCCUUCUUGCACUUAUGAAGGAGAGAACACUGUGAUGAUGUUGCAAACUGCCCGAUUCCUUCUCAAAAGUUAUACCCAAGUUAGUUCUGGACAACUAGUUAGUGGCAUCAUGUCUUACCUGAAUGACCUAUCAGGACAGCAUAUUCAGCCCCAGCAUGUGGCUGCUAGACCCACGACUCUGCAUAUCAACAAUCCUUCCAGUUUCGUGGAGGCAUAUAAACUGAGAGCUUCAAGGAUGGUUGAGUUUGCAGCAAAUAAUUUACAGGCUGAACUGACCCGUUGGAAAAGCAAAGAAGAUGCGUGGAAUCGGACUUCGAUUGAUCUAGUACGAGCAUCUGAGGCACACUGUCAUUAUGUGGUGGUCAAACUGUUUACAGAGAAGCUGUCAGAAAUUGGUGACCCAGAUGUCCAUGCUGUCCUUAACAAUUUGUGUUUACUGUAUGCUCUGUGUGGGAUUAUAAAGAACUCUGGAGACUUUCUACAGGGAGGCAUUUUGACGGAGGCCCAGCUAAUUCAAGUGAACAUGCGCAUAAAAGAACUCUUGGCUCUUAUCCGUCCUAAUGCAGUAGCUCUGGUGGAUUCCUUUGAUUUUUCUGAUUCUAUGCUUGGAUCUGUGCUUGGCCGAUAUGAUGGUAACGUAUAUGAAAAUAUGUUUGAAUGGUCAAAGAAGUCACCACUAAAUAAAACACAGGUCCAUGAAUCUUUCCACAAACACCUGAAGCCAUUGCAAGCUAAACUGUGAUAACAUUUGUUUGGUUUUGAAUAUAUUUUAGUUUCUUGAAAUAACAUAAUUUGCCCUGUGAACAUCUGAAGCGCUUGGCAAAUCCAAAUAGCCAUAGGAUAGUAAUUGUAGACUUCUCACUUUUUUUAAAAAAAACACACAAUUAAAUAUUGAAUGAAUUAGAGCAAGGAAACAAAAUGCAAUUUUAAUUAUGUUCAGAAACUAUCCUUUUUAAUGAACCAGAAAAGCUUUAUAGAUUGGCGUAAAAGGAUCAGUCUGUGAGCCUUUUAAGCAUCUGCAGAAGCUGUAUUAUCUGUAGCAGGUUUUUCACUACUAAGUAGUUCUAGAAGGCAGUUAUUGAGUAGAAGCAACAUCUCUGGAAGCUCCUUUGAAAAUGGUCUUGCACAUUUUUAAGCAUUAAUGCCAUCUUAAGAGGUGGUGGUUGUCAAAGCCGACCUGCACUUAAUCUAUUGCUGUAAGAUUUUCACAGCCUUGUCAGGAAUUGGGCUUCAGGGACCUUGCACAAACAUUAUAUGUAUAUACCUGUUUGGUGUUCCAGGAAUGGAUGAUUACCUUAUGGGUGCAAUCUGUGUCAUUCUUAAUGUUUGUGUACCAUUUCACUUUCUGCAUUCCAAAUGGCAUGCACAUGCUCUAUAUUACAUUUCCCAUAAAAUUGUCUAUAGCACACAGGCAAGAUCUCUCUUAAGGCAGAAAAUUGAAUGGGAAAAUGUCAGGAGUCCCAUUCCAUAGCAAUAUUGUCAUUUGCAAAGUCGCUGGGAAGGGAAAAUCUUUGUUCCACACAAACUGAAAAGUAUAUUUAAGAUUCCUAUGCCUGGUUUUGCUCAUAGGCUUUUUUUCCUGAAACACUUAAUUUUUUUAAAUGGUGGAACUUGGAUUUUUGCCCCAUAUAAUCAUAGACAAGACAAGAGUCCAAACUGGUGGGCCCAUCAGCCUACACUCUGGCUCUUAGAAGGCUACAGAGAACAGGUUACCACAUUAAAGGAUCUCAGCUCUAGAUUACUGUUAGCAGGCUAACAUUUUAACAUUGUGUAGAAUUUUAUUGUGUGAAAUUACCAUGACAAAAUUGCAGCAGAUAGGAUGGAUUCAGCUUCAGUAACAAAUCAAGACUUGGAUCACAAACCAAGGAAUUUCAUAACAUUGGAGAGUUGAUUUCUUAGAUAUGUAUCCCUGUUCAAGAGCUAAAUGUGCUUUUAUACUGCAAAUGUUGAGCAAGAAAAAUAUUACAUAUUACAACUGAAACAAAAACUGUUUAUAAUUUUAAUGUGCUAACUAUUGAUACAUCUAAUAUAGCUGUACUUAAUAUACUGGAUUUCUGUGUACAAUACUGACUGGAAAUGAAAAACUGCAAUAAAAGACUAUUUGACAUCUUGUGAA